CAGACGCUUCUUCAGGAACAACAACGCGGCUACUCAACAAUAACACGGCUACUCUUUCAACCACUUCGGUAGCUUGCUAGCCAACAUUAAACUGAAAGAUUGACGCUUUAGACCAUGUUAAUGUACAUUAGCUAAUCUCAGUGUUGUUAACGCAGUUCAGUUGACGUAUCAACUGGUUAACUUUAACCUAAUUUGCUUGUUCAAUUUGCAAAGUUGUUAAACAUUGAUACUGAGCCUAGCACUAGGCUAGUCGCUAAUUCUAACAUCCCAGACCAUGAGCUCACUCAACUACUUAUCCCCUGUUAAAGAAGAGGUCUGCUGUGUGCAGAAAGAAGCUCUGAGGCUGAACAUUGUCGUGAAAGAAGAAGAGGAUGUUAUAGAGGAAACAGAGGAAGAACCUUUUAGAGAGGAAGAUGAUGCUAUCUCAGUAGAGGUGAAGAAGGAAGACGUUUUGAGAGUGAAAGAGGAGGAGACAGAAUAUCAGAUUAACACCAGAGAGAGACAUGACUAUUGUGGAUCCUCUGGGGAGCCUCAACAACAUCCUGAUGCUGACGAGUCAGAGAAGAGUCUCUCCAGAACAGAACACCAGAUGGACAACGCUAGCCCUUUCACCCUCCCGGAGUCCCCGUGUCAUGCCUCUCCCGGUAGCACCUUACUGCUGGAUAUGAAGAGGUUGUCUGUGCUGCUGAUGGACUGCAGGAAAACAUCGGGGCUGAGUGGAACUGUGAGAGGAGAAGAAGAGAAGAAAGGAUCAGAUUUGACUCAUCAAACAGGAGAAAGUCCAGACUCAGAGGAUCCAGAGCCAGGGACGUCCAAACCAACAAGAAGACACCAGUGUUCCCACUGUGGCAAGUGUUUUAAACAGUUAGGGAACCUGAAAGAACACGAGAGAAUACACACAGGUGAGAAGCCUUACCACUGCUCCCAGUGUGGAAAGGGUUUCGGCCAGCCGGCCCAUCUGAAACGGCAUGAGAGAAUACACACAGGGGAGAAGCCUUACCACUGCUCCCAGUGCGGAAAGAGUUGUAACGAUUUAGGGAACCUGAAAAAACACGAGAGAAUACACACAGGGGAGAAGCCUUACCACUGCUCCCAGUGCGGAAAGAGUUUUAGCGAUUUAGGGAACCUGAAAAAACACCAGAGAAUACACACAGGGGAGAAGCCGUACCACUGCUCCCAGUGUGGCAAGUGUUUUAAACAGUUAGGGAAUCUGAAAGAACACGAGAGAAUACACACAGGGGAGAAUUCUUACCACUGCUCCCAGUGUGGCAAGUGUUUUAAACAGUUAGGGAAUUUGAAUGAACACGAGAGAAUACACACAGGGGAGAAUUCUUACCACUGCUCGCAGUGUGGAAAGAGUUUUAACCGGUCAGGGAAUCUGAAAAAACAUGAAAGAAUACACACAGGGGAGAAGCCUUACCACUGCUCCCAGUGUGGCAAGUGUUUUAAACAGUUAGGGAAUUUGAAAUUACACGAGAGAAUACACACAGGUGAGAAGCCUUACCACUGCUCCCAGUGUUUAAAAGGUUUCAGCCAGCUGGUGAAUCUGAAACGGCAUGAGAGAAUACACACAGGGGAGAAGCCUUACCACUGCUCCUUGUGUGGAACGAGUUUUAACGAUUUAGGGAACCUGAAAAAACAUGAGAGAAUACACACAGGGCAGAAGCCUUACCACUGCUCUCAGUGUGGAAAGUUUUUCGGCCGGUCAGGGGAUCUGAAAAAACAUGAGAGAAUACACACAGGGAGAAGCCUUACCGCUGCUCCCAAUGUGGAAUGAGUUUCAACCAGCCGGGGGAGCUGAAAUGGCAUGAGAGAAUACACACAGGGGACUUGCUGUCUUAUAUUGUUGACUGAUAAUGAUUACCUGUUUUUACCAUAUGAACUUGAAUUGUACAAAGUAUACUAAAACAUAUAUUUGUAUGUUUUUAUUAGAAAACAUGAAUUGAAUAUGGAGUUUGAAUAUAGAGUAGGUCAGAUUCCUUCUGUUUUAAAUGGUCCUUUUUUAAACUCUGAAACUGUGUGUGUGUUUAUCUGUGUGUCAUUCCUCCAGCACUGCAGAUAAUCAAGUGAUAUUUGGAUGUGAUGCAUUUGUUCCGUUGUUUACAUUUGCAAUGUUGGCCCACUGAUGAUUUAAUGAA